GGUGGUUAAGUGAGGGCGCGCGUAUAUCGCAGUCAGUCUGAGACCUCGCGCGGGAUAACCGCUUUUAUAAAGUGAAUUAAAAAGUUUUUUAUUAAUAAAAUAAUGACAACACUAAUAAGAAAAAUGUUGAAGACACACUCGAAACACAAAAAGCUGUGUGAGGAGUGGGCGUUGGCAGAGUGCGAAGGCGAAGGCUGGUGGCGUGAAGCUCGUGGCGCUAGUGAGCAAGGCGAGGUAAGGUAUGCCGGCGCCGUGCCCGUCGAACGUGCAGCCUCCGCACCGGCUACCGCGAUAGCUGUUCGCUCUGCAUUGCACACUAUUAAAGCGUCGAACAAAAAGCUACAACGAGUGACUUUAGACAUAAGCGCGAAAGGCAUUCUGGUGACAGACGUCGAUUCACAGCAGAAUGUUCUCAGUGUAUCAAUAUACAGAAUAUCAUACUGUUCCGCGGACGCUGCAAACGCCCGUGUAUUCGCUGUGGUGGAGGGCAAGAAGGAAAGCGGUUCGGAGGAGGACCACGUGGUUCACGUCUUCGUAUGCGCGAGGGCGAAGCAGGCGCGGGCGCUCGCGCUGUCACUCGCGCAUGCCUUCAAUGAUGCAUACCAGGCAUGGCAAGCUAACCAAGCGAGUUCCCUCCAAGCUAAUAGUAAAAAACUAGCACCAUGGGUUCGUUUUCCUGACGAGUCAGAUGAAGAAGCGGAUAAUGAACACUGGCAGUCGCCCGCUCCUCUUGUUACUUUUGCCUGACUUUUUACGUUUAAAAAUAAUAACUGAACUCUAGCUGUAAAG